AUGGCAGUGGGAGGGUUAGUAGAUGGUAUUGGAACAGAUAGACACUAUAAUGGGAGUGUCACCUUCUUUGUGAUAUUCACUUGUAUAGUUGGAGCUACUGGUGGUCUCAUCUUUGGUUAUGAUAUUGGAAUUUCAGGAGGAGUGACAUCAAUGGAUAUAUUCCUAAAGAGAUUCUUUCCAUCGGUGUAUAAAAAAGAGUCAAGAGCAGGACAUGAUAGUGCGUAUUGCAAGUUUGAUAGCCAUUUGCUACAACUCUUUACAUCAUCCCUUUACUUAGCAGCAUUAAUAGCUUCUUUCUUUGCCUCAGUUAUUACUAGGGCUUAUGGUAGAAAGAUGUCUAUGUUUAUUGGUGGUUUGACCUUUCUUAUUGGAGCUCUUCUUAAUGGUUUUGCUCAAAAUGUUGCAAUGCUCAUUAUUGGUCGUAUGUUUCUUGGUAUUGGUGUUGGAUUUUGCAAUCAGUCUGUGCCAGUGUACCUUUCAGAAAUGGCACCAGCAAAUCUAAGAGGAGCACUUAAUAUAGGUUUUCAAAUGGCAACUACAAUUGGAAUUCUUUCAGCAAACCUUAUAAAUUAUGGAACAUCUAGUAUCAAAGGCCAUCUUGGGUGGAGACUUUCACUAGGCCUUGCUGCAGUACCGGCUACAAUGGUGACAAUAGGAGGCUUACUCCUUCCAGACUCCCCCAAUUCUUUGAUUGACAGAGGUAAAACGCAAGAAGCGAGAAGAAUGUUGCAAAAAAUUCGAGGCGUAGAAGAAGUGGACGAAGAAUUCCAAGACCUAAUAGAAGCAAGUGAAGCAUCAAAGGCAGUAGAUAACCCAUGGCGUAAUAUUUUGCUACCAAAAAACCGUCCUCAGCUAAUAAUGGCAAUACUUAUCCCAAGUUUCCAACAACUAACAGGCAUAAAUGUGAUAAUGUUUUAUGCUCCUGUCUUGUUCAAAACCUUGGGUUUUGGUGAUGAUGCUGCUCUUAUGUCUGCUGUUAUCACUGGUGUUGUUAAUGUUCUUGCUACCGUUAUUUCCAUUGUUUCUGUUGAUAGAGUUGGAAGAAGAGCUUUGUUUCUUGAAGGUGGCAUCCAAAUGUUUAUUUGUCAGGUAUUGACAGCAUUUUUCAUUGCAAGUACAUAUGGAACAACAGGAGAAGGACAAUUCACAAGAGGAGGAGCAAACUUUGUAGUAUUCCUAAUAUGCACAUAUGUAGCAGCAUUUGCAUGGUCAUGGGGCCCACUAGGUUGGUUAAUACCAAGUGAAAUAUUUCCACUUGAAACUCGUUCAGCAGGAACAGCAAUUACAGUUAUGUUCAACAUGAUAUUUACCUUCAUAAUUGCACAAUGUUUCCUAACCAUGUUAUGUUAUAUGAAAUUUGGACUCUUCCUUUUCUUUAGUGGAUUUGUCCUUAUUAUGACUACCUUUAUUUAUUUCUUCUUACCUGAAACCAAAAAUGUUCCAAUUGAAGAAAUGUAUGCUGUUUGGAAAGCACAUUGGUUUUGGGGUAAAUAUAUUCCUGAUGAAGCUUUGGGGAGUUAUGCCAAACAAGUCAUUCAAAUGCCCCAAAAGGGUUCAAAUUUGUAGGGUAGAUUUUGGGUUUAGGGCACUUUGUGGGUUCAUGGUGUUCAAUAUAGUUGAGUAAUAUUCGAUGAAAAAUGAAAUUAAUAACCCAUUUUUGGGCCUUCUUAAAGUAUGUAAGGGGUUCAUUACUGCUUGUGUGCAGUACAUUUG